GGUCGCCCCGCCCACCGGCCUCUACAUCACCACCCCUCUCGCCGCUUUCAAGCGCGGAGAUUGGCUGUAAGCAAGAAAGAGCCCCGCCCCUAGUCUUAUGACUCGCGCUAAAGCGCCGAUUCCUGGCUUUUGCAAGGCUGUGGUCGGUGGUCACCCGUGCUCUUGACCCAGGUCCAGCGAGCCUUUUCCCUGGUGUUGCAGCUGUUGUUGUACCGCCGCCGUCGCUGCCGCCGUCGCCUGCUCUGCGGGGUCAUGGUGUGCUUCCGCCUCUUCCCGGUUCCGGGCUCAGGGCUAGUUCUGGUCUGCCUCGUCCUGGGAGCUGUGCAGUCUUACGCAUUGGAACUUAAUUUGACAGAUUCAGGAAAAGCCACUUGCCUUUAUGCAAAAUGGCAGAUGAAUUUCACAGUACGCUAUGAAACUACAAAUAAAACUUAUAAAACUGUAACCAUUUCAGACCGUGGCACUGUGACAUAUAAUGGAAGCAUUUGUGGGGAUGAUCAGAAUGGUCCCAAAAUAGCAGUGCAGUUUGGACCUGGCUUUUCCUGGAUUGCGAAUUUUAGCAAGGCGGCAUCUACUUAUUCAAUUGACAGCAUCUCAUUUUCCUACAACACUGGUGAUAACACAACAUUUCCUGAUGCUGAAGAUAAAGGAAUUAUUACUGUUGAUGAACUUUUGGCCAUCAAAAUUCCAUUGAAUGACCUUUUUAGAUGCAAUAGUUUAUCAACUUUGGAAAAGAAUGAUGUUGUCCAGAACUAUUGGGAUGUUCUUGUACAAGCUUUUGUCCAAAAUGGCACAGUGAGCACAAAUGAGUUCCUGUGUGAUGAAGACAAAACUUCAACAGUGGCACCCACCAUACACACCACUGUGCCAUCUCCUACUACAACACCUACUCCAAAGGAAAAGCCAGAAGCUGGAACCUAUUCCGUUAAUAAUGGCAAUGAUACUUGUCUGCUGGCUACCAUGGGGCUGCAGCUGAACAUCACUCAGGAUAAGGUUGCUUCAGUUAUUAACAUCAACCCCAAUGCAACUCACUCCACAGGCAGCUGCCGUUCUCACACUGCUCUACUUAGGCUGAAUAGCAGCACCAUUAAGUAUCUUGACUUUGUCUUUGCUGUGAAAAAUGAAAACCGAUUUUAUCUGAAGGAAGUGAACGUCAGCAUGUAUUUGGUUAAUGGCUCCGUUUUCAGCAUUGCAAAUAACAAUCUCAGCUACUGGGAUGCCCCCCUGGGAAGUUCUUAUAUGUGCAACAAAGAGCAGACUGUUUCAGUGUCUGGAGCAUUUCAGAUAAAUACCUUUGAUCUAAGGGUUCAGCCUUUCAAUGUGACACAAGGAAAGUAUUCUACAGCUCAAGACUGCAGUGCAGAUGACGACAACUUCCUUGUGCCCAUAGCAGUGGGAGCAGCCUUGGCAGGAGUACUUAUUCUAGUGUUGCUGGCUUAUUUUAUUGGUCUCAAGCGCCAUCAUGCUGGAUAUGAGCAAUUUUAGAAUCUGCAACCUGAUUGAUUAUAUAAAAAUACAUGCAAAUAACAAGGUUUUCUUACCUCUCAGUUGUUGAAACACUUUACUUCUUAAAAUUGAUAUGUUGAAACUUUAAUUAUUUUAUCAAUCCCAGCAUUUUGAUAUCAGUCUUUAUUAAUAAAACCUGUUCUCUUUAAUCAGCUUACAAUCCAAAGUGUCAUAUUUACUGGUCCUGGAGACAAACUUGUUCAAAGGAACAUCGAUGUGCAAUGUUUUAAAGUCUAUCUUAAGAAGCCUUGGCCAAAUUUUGAUCCUAACUUUGAAGUAUGCAUUGAACUUAUUAACAUGGCCAUUAUAAGAAUAAAAUAUAUAGUUGUGUCUUAAUGGAAUUAAUAAAUAUCAUUUCACGACUGGUAUUCUGUUUCAGUGUAUAAGGACUAUAGUGAUUUAAACUCAUCAAUGUGCCUUUGUAUAAAGUUCAUUAAAUAAAUGUUGAUGUGGUAUAAAUGCCCAUCAGAUGUGCUUAAACUUGGUUUUCAGUUGAAUAAAGUAGAGAAUGUCCUCAGGACCAUCAGCAUUUUAAAGGUUAUGUGACUUCUGCUGAUUUCUCUGAGUUUAAGUUAAGCAUGAAGUUAGUACCUCAGGCUUGUGAUUUUUUCCCUAGGGAUGAUACAGACCCAAGAGGCUACAACAGAACUUAAACUGGCUUCAUAAUUAGAGUUUUUAAGAGAAUUGUUUGUUUUUCAGCAAUAUAGACUGAAAAGAUUCAAGCAUAUUUAACCACUUGCUUUUUUGUUUCUUGUUUUGUUCUUCUUUGGAUGCCUGAUUAGUAUUGAAAGAUAGAAAUAUUCUAUGAACUAAUUAGGACAGAUUGUGUUGUGUUUCUCUACCUCAUCUUGUUGAUCUCUGGAGCAUUAAAAUCUAUUUAGUGUUGUCAUCAGAGUGGUACUUAUGAAAUGUAAGCUAACAGCAAUCUCAGAAGGGAGGCAGUGAAGCAAUAGCAACUAGGCUCUUGUUUCUUCAAGAUGGCCCCUGUGGGACAGUGCAUAGAUAGGGUUGUAAAGAGAAGCUGUUGGCAUUAAAAUGAACUAGAUAAUCAGCCCUUGUUGAAGCAUAUUCCGUGGUAUAAGAGUAGCACAGAUAUGAAACAUAGAUAAAGAAGGAAGAUUAAUAGACUAGAAGACUUUCGCGUUGAAGUAUUAUUAACCCAUUGUAUGUAUAUAUGGGCAUGAUCAGAGUUUCUAUAACUUCUAUACAGUGUAUCUUGUUACCCAGCUCUCAGUCUUUGAGAGCUUUCAGUAAAAUAUAGUAAGUUCUUUCAACAUAGGCUAAUGUGUGGUUACUGAAAUGAGUGUUAUGUACUCAGAACCGUAGCAACAUUUUUAUGAAUGGCAAAAGUACAAGAGGAGGAAAAGUUAAAAUUAGAAGAAAAGUACAAGUCAUUGCUUAAUCAUAAAUCACACCAGAUAACACAUUUUGUUAAUUUCAUUAGCUAUUACUGGAAAUGACCUUAACGAUUAUUUACAGAAAGGGGAGUGAAAUUCAUUGAGGUUCCAUAUCAAGUGGGCAACAAAACUAUUGUUAGCAUUUUGAUAAAAAUUGCCCCUAAUGAAAUCUAGUCACUCAACAGUAAAACAACAGCUGGUUUACACUUGAAAUUAUGAGAUCAGAAUUGGGCACUUUGGGCUUCCAUACUAUGUUUUGCUUAAGUUUUUUUUUUUUUUUAUACUAAUAUGGACUUUUUCAAUAGUAAUAUACCAAACCACUCCUAUUUUAAUCUCUGUUUGCUACUUCAAAACCUAAUCCUUCUCAGAUGGGACCAUGAGCAUAAGAGGAAAAGAGACGAGAAGGAACACUUGUUGACCUCCUGAUGUGUAUCAGGUGCUUUAGAAAUAAAAUUGUAUUUAAUCCUCAAUUUCCUUAUGGGUAUUAUCCCCCUCUUACAGAUGAGGAAAGUGAGGCCCAGUUUGAAUAACUUGCCCAAGGUCCUUUGGCUAGUACUGGAAGGAGUCAAGAUUUAAACUCAGUUCUGUCUGAAUCCAGAGCUCAAAAUCUACAUUGAACAUGUUGCUUUCCUGGUGGUUCGGUGGAAUGGACUACAAUGAAUUAAAUACUGCUGUUAUUCUUCCAGGCCACUGCUCAGCUAAAAGUAAUUGUGUAUAACCUGAUAGCUACCUAAUGCCUAUGCAAAAAAAAAGUAUAUACUGCAUUCUUGAUCCUAAGUCUUUUUUAACUUAUAUUUUAUUACUUAUACAGAAUUCUUAUUUAUACUUUAGUUAUAGGUAUAACAAAGGAGAAAGAGAGUAGGGAAAUACACAGGCAGUGGUUUUAAGUGAAGAUGAUGGCUCCUUAACCCAGUGUCAUUAGAUAAUCAAACCUAAAGUCUUCCCAUAUUAGGCAAGCACAAUUCUCUAUUUUGGGCCCUUCCUAUUCUUCCCUUACCUUCUGCUUUUUGUACUGAGGAAUUUCGUGUGCUUUUAAAUAAAGCGAUAAUGAGAUAUUGAGCAAAUAAAAUAGAGGUAAUGCUAUAAAAGACUAAGCUAUGUACACUUUAAAAAUGCUUGUUUCUCGCAUGCUUUUUACUGCUUAACUGCAUUCUUUACUAAUUUCCUUUCCUUGCUGUCUGUUCUUUUCUAACAGCUGAAGAAUGUUCUGCUGACUCUGACCUCAACUUUCUUAUUCCUGUUGCAGUGGGUGUGGCCUUGGGUUUCCUUAUAAUUGUUGUCUUUAUCUCUUAUAUGAUUGGAAGAAGGAAAAGUCGUACUGGUUAUCAGUCUGUGUAAUCAAUUAAAUCUAGUGGGGUUUUUUUUGUUUUGUUUUGUUUUCAGUUAGAAGUUACGUUUCCAUUGGCUAAAAGCCAGGACAUGCUGUGCAAUAGAUUGUUUAAGAUAUGCAGACAAACUUAAGUGAGUUGCUAGCUAACUUGGGCAUGAGUACACUUAUUUAAGACAAAAUAUAUUAGGACCAAUUUUUUUGUUUUUUUUCUUCCUUUGUUAAAGUAUAAUUAAAAGAAAGAUUGUGGCUUAGAAUUUUUUAAGUAAGUAAUGAUUUUAAGCCCCUGGAUCCAAUUAUGAAAGCAUUUUUACUGAUGUGUAAUUUUAUAUGUUACAGUUACUUAUAUUUUACUACUUUGAUGUUAUUUGCAAAAUCAAAGGUGUUAAAGAAUUUAACUUGCUUCAGGAAAUAAAUUCAAGAACAUAAUGGAUUCAUUUUCAUUAGUGGCAGAAACGAAAUUUGGUUCAUGAUAAGACUUCCUUUCCCCACCUCCUGAUCAGCAUUAUUUAAAUCUGUAUUUUUUUGGUUAAGAAAGAAAUGGCUUCAUGAUAUCGUAUUUAAUAGCAAAAGUUUGGCUGUUUUCUUCAUCACUGUUAAUAGCUACUAUAUUUUAACAAGGAAAUUUCUUUCUUUUUUUUUUCUGGAGUUUGGAAUAUAGUGAUUAUCUCAGACUUGACAUUUAUACUGAAGGAUGAAGUAAGACCUUCAGCUUUUUUUAAAAGGUGUUGAUUUGGAACACCUGUAUGGGUUAUGGUUUAUUAAGGUUGUGGUUUAGAAAGUUUUUUCCCUCAGAGCCUUAACUUGUUAAGAAGGUUCAUUUAUCCUGCACUGAAAACAAAAACUCUAUAUACUUUGUUUGUGUGCCUCCUGCACUCUCCCAUUCCCUACAUGAAUAUGCUCUAGUUGAUAUUUUUAAUAUAUUGAUUUCUUUUUUCUCACAGCAACAAGUGCUUACUCUAGAGGUUAGUGGGCCCUGAUAUGUCAUCAGUCAGAUGCCUGCCUAGCCAAAGCUGGACCAAGAUUAUUCUGUACAUUUGUUGAUCUUGAUGUAGACUUAUAUCCCUGUAGGGACCGCUAAUGGCUCUGGCUUCUGGAGUAAGGUACUAGAGACCGCUCAUCCCCGUGUCUGCUUGAUUGGUUCAGCUGUUCAAUUGCCCUUUUAUUUGGAAGCACAGUGUUGAAGUUGUCUGGGGUUCAAAUGGCUGCUUUGUACACCUGUCAUUAGUGUAAGGCAGAUGUUUAUUUUAUCAAGCUAUUUUAUCUCUAUAUUUAACUAAAAACAAAAGUUCCCAAAGAUCUGCCUUCACUUCAGAAAAUAUUUUUUGGAUUAAAAAAAUUAAGCCUAAACCUUAAAUAAAGUGAGUUGGUUAUUCAAUCCAAGGAUUAAGUCCCAAUCUACCUCUCAGCACAAUGCAGAAGCUCACCACUGUAUUGCUGCCAUUAACUCAUGCCAGAACCCUUUGCCAAUAACUGGAAUUACAAAAUUUUGUUAAAGAAGAUUUAUCAAGAUCUUUCUUUACUGCCUUCUCUAUAUGUACAUCUCAAAAACAUGUACAUCUCAAAAACUGGAGUAGAAAGUUAGAUUGCUCAAUUACAACUCCUCUAGAACUCUAUAGCUCUGACAUCCAGAUUCACACUCUCCUCUAUUUGCUAAGUAUGUAAAGAAUGUUUUCUUUUAAAGUGUUCUCUUUUGAGAACAACUGCUCAUUUGUUGUAAAAGCAUUUGGUUAAAUUGAUGGCAUCAUAAAAAACAGUGACUUCGUUUCAAUACAUAUUUUUGAGAUGAUUGUCUAGAAGCCAGAUUAAUUAAAUCCAGCUUGUGACCUUGCUAAGCAUAUAAAUUGGAAAUUCAGAUACAUUCAAAAUUAUGGGUUCAUUUAAAAGUGUUCUACCUUUUGGGUAUGAGACUAAUAUCACUAAUUCCUCAAUAGUUAUCGUGGCUCUAUCUUAAUUAAUUAGAAAAUAUGUGUGUUUAAUUCUUUGAGAAUUAAAAUACAGAAUAUGAACAGAGGGUUAAAAACUGCUUCAACUCCAAUAAGAUAAAGGAAGCUGAAAAUCUAUGAGCUGAGUGUUUAAUUAGCUUUGCCUACUGGGUUCAUUUUUAUGUCAGUACAACAGUGGAUCAGACAGUACGACUUUGAACUGGUGAAUGUAAAGAAUUGUUUUUCACCUAAGCUGCUUUGGAAGAACUGAUGCUUGCUGCUAACUAAAGUUUUGGAUGUAUCAAUUUAGAGAACCAAUUACUACCUGCAAAAUAAAGCAUACUGUGGUACUUCUGUUUGAUCUAGUAUGUGUGAUUUUAGAUUGAUGGAUUAAAAAUUAAUAAAGAUCAUACAUUUCAU